AUGUUCUUCGCCAACGAGCAGCGCGACAAGGUUCGCGAGGACAACCCCGGCAUCAAGUUCGGUAAGUCAUCACUUUCUCACGUUCAACUUCAAACACUAACAAGAUUAAUAGGUGAUGUUGGCAAGAUCCUCGGUGAGAAGUGGAAGAGCCUCAACGAGAAGCAAAAGACUCCCUACGAGGCCAAGGCUGCCGCCGACAAGAAGCGUUACGAAGAGGAGAAGGCUGCCUACACUGCUGUAAGUUUCUCCCAAGCAUUUCAUCCAUCUUUGACAAUCAAACUGACUUGA